UUUCCUACAGGGAUCCAGCAUUCUGCAAAACAAUUUUUAGAUCUAUCAAGUUAUGCUUUUUCUUGUCUUAAGUCUAUGUAUUAACAUUUGAAUAACGUCAAUAUAUGAUUUACUACUGGAAAUCAAUGAUUAUUACCCAAAAUUGACAUAAUGUGAUAUUUAUUUUAUCAAUGUGAUAAAAUCCACCGGUCUCCCUUCAAGAUGGCGACUUACAUACCUCGUAGUGGUACAUUCUACGAUCCAGAUUCAAUAAAAGGAACAUUAUCUGCUUUAAAUCAUCAAAGAAGUAUUUCCCAGUUUUGUGAUGUUGUUUUGAGGGUUUCAGGAACUCAAAUUUUCGCACAUUCUAAUGUUUUAGCAGCUGCAAGUCCUUAUUUUGGAUCGUUUUUAGGCACAGGGACAGACUGCCCAAGGAUGUUUUCACAGAAACAUCCCCAAGUUAUCGAAAUUCAUAUUGAUACUAAAGAAGGUGACCUGGGUUACGGUGAAGCCGUUUGCAGGGUUGUAGAUUUUAUGUAUACAAGUAAAAUCAUUUUAACAACUGACUUAGUUUGUCAAAUUAUACAGAUAAGCAAAAUAAUGCAGAUGGAUAAGUUACUGCAGUUUUGUGAAUACUUUCAAAAUGGAGAAAAUGAUAAUAUUCCCAAAGAUAUUGCAACUUGCACAACAGGUUUGCAAGAGAUAGCACAACUUUUAGGUUCUCGCUUUAAGACAGUUAAAAAAGCAGAUGUUUCUACUAUGACAGAAGCAUCAAUGUUUCUGAAAAUCGCAGACCCUGCAGCAGGUAAUAGUACAAAUAUUACGACUACAAAUGAUACAUUGUCUUCUAAUCCAGUUGACACCCCUUCCAAUUUACAGUUGACUAUUUCUAAUCACAAUGGCAUAAGUUUGAUUAAACAAAGAGAUAACAAAGAAGAAGAGUUUUCUGGCUUAAAAGUAAAGACAGAACUUGGGUUUGAGUCACUAAGUAUUGAUCAAAAUGAUGCAUCUCUACUUCUUGAAAUUGGUAAUGUACGAUUACCUGGAGAACAAGUAAGCAAAACAUUCUUGCAUUUUUCAGAGAAUGCACUGGACAAAAAUAAAAAGCCUCAAAUUACUGAUUCCCCAAUGCUACCUCAAGAAGAUUGUUUUAGUGGAGUUCAGGUAUUGGCUGAUAUGAUGAGCUUAGCUGUUGGUAAACAGGAUACAGAGCAGAGUUUAAUGCAAACACAAAAACCCUCAUUAACUACUGAUAAAAACUUUGUUUUAGAAGACCAGUCACAGAAAGAUAUAAACUUGGAAGAAAUAUCUGACUUAGUCAGGUUUGAUCCUGUUACCACAGCCAUUCUGCAAGCAUCAAAUGUUAGUAAAAGAGGUCAUACCAGGGGGCGAGGAAGAGGUCGGGGAAGAGGAAGGGGAAGGGGGAGAAGACCAGGCCGACCAAGAAAAUCAAAAGAAGAACCAGACAGUGAUCCUGAAUUUGAAGAAUUUAUGGAUACAUUAGAGAGAGGGGAUCCUGUAGUGCCAUCUGUAGGAGAGAAUAUCAGUGAUUCUAGGAUUCUAAAAGAUUUUGAUACUGACAAAGAAAUGAUGGAGACAGAACAAGGUUUAUCUACUGAAAAAUCAAACUUAAGAAGUGAGAUUGGUAUAAGUUCUUGGAAAAGUCGAAGAAGCAGGUCAAAACCUUCACAUAUCAGGAAGGACUAUAUUAUGCAUUCAUUAACAAAGAGAAGUAGGAGGCAAACAGAAAUAUCAAAAUUAAAUACAUUUUCAGUGAAAUCUAAGCCAAUUGAGUUUAAAGAACCAGCAACAGGUAUUAAGUUUGUCUGCCAAAAAUGUGACUUUACAACAUCUUUAUUUAAGAGCUACCGUCAGCACCUCAAAUCUCACCCAGAAACUGAUCCUAGAUAUUUCGUUUGUGAAAAGUGUGAUUUCAAAACCACCAAAUCCAGAGAGUUCACUGCUCACAAACAAAAACACAUGAAUGAGGAGCUCAUUUGUUCUUUCUGUGAACAUCAAUCUGAGACAAUGGAGGAUUUUCUUGAGCAUGCAAAAAAGCAUGAAGGUGAUUUCCCUUAUUUUUGUCCUGAAUGUGACUCCAAGUUCAAAACUAAAAACCAAUUGAUUGCUCACAAGCCAAAGCAUCAAUUGGAGAAGCCAUUUGUAUGUGCUAUAUGUAAGUCUGGUUUCAAAUGGAAGCAUGCUCUAAAAAAUCAUAUGAUAACUCAUAGUGCAACUAAAGAUCAUCUUUGUGAUGUAUGUGGCUAUGCAACAGCACAUAAAUCACAGCUCAAAGCCCACAAACUGAUUCACACUGGCCACAUGUUUAAAUGUCCUGUUCAGGGUUGCCCUUUUGAAGCCACCAAGCGACAGAAUCUCAAAUAUCAUAUGGUCACCCACACUCAUGAAAAGCCUCACCAGUGUGAAGUGUGUGGUCAGAGUUUUUCUCUCAUUAAAAACAUGCGGCGGCACAUGCUUCUCCACACAGACUCUCGGCCUUUCAGUUGUAAAAUAUGUUCAUUCUCUACCACUCGCUAUGAUAAAUUAAAGGAGCACAAUCAUAAAAUGCACAAUAUUGGGGAUGCCCCAGUUUCUAGAACUACAGACAUAGCAGAAGAGGCUGUGAGUUUACUGAAUUCUAAUGUAACAUAUGUCUCUGGAGAUAGCAUUACUAUAAACAGUGAUGGUGGCAUUACUGAGGAGACACUACAUACGAUAGCCCAGCUUGCAUCAGCUCAGAAUUUGAGUGCUAUCGAAUUGCAGGGUACCACCAUUAACAUUGAACAAACUGGUGAAGAUGGCACAGUUUAUCCUUUUAUAGCCACUGUCCAAGCAUACACAGAUAGCAGUGGAGAAGUACAAUAUAUAGCAGAAAUACCAGAGUAGACUAUAAAGUUGUUUUUUUACUUACAGUUUUGUAAAAGUGCAAUGUAAGCUUAUGUACAUAAAUUUUAAUUUUUAAAAUGUUUCUAUUGUAUCAGUAAUUAAGUUUUUUAAAAAUAAAAAUGUCCCUACAUACACCAAUUUACCCAGUAGAAGUAAAUGUCAAAUAUUGCCAUGUACAACACUAUAUAAUGUUUUGUGGCUGGAACUGUGAUCAACCCUAUUUCUUUUAAUAUAAUAUAAUAAUAUUGGGUUGCAUCUAUUAGAGCUGGAUGUACCAGGUACUCAGGAAUGUCCCAACUUUUAUAGUGAAAAUCUUAGUCUCUAUUAGUAUUCUGUAGCCAAAUUUUCUACCAGUUAAGCCACCAACAAAACUUGUAUUAACUCACUGUGUCUGGAUGCAAUCAAUCACGCGUUAUUUCUCCCACUUCUAAUUGUCGGAUCAAGUUGAGACAUUGCACAAUUAUUACAUAUGAAUCAAUAACAAAAAAUUUAUCAAUUAGCUGUAAUUAAUUUAUUUUGUUUUACAUUACCCAUCACUCUGUCUCCUUAUCUUAAAAAUCUCCUGGAUUAUGGGUACAACAUGGUGCCAAAAAACAAAAUAUCAAAUCUUUACAUUGAAAAUAUACUAAGAAAAGGGGAGAAAAGCCUUAUGUCAAGAAUUAGGUAAUUUGCUAUAAAUUUUAAACUCACAAGACUAUAAAACCUUUAAAUUUUAUAAGUACUUGAGGCCAUGAGCAACUUUAUAAAAAAAAUACUGUUACUUUUGAAAAUUCAGCUCAGAAACCUCCCAGAUAGUUCCCACUACACAGACACACACACACAUCCCUCCCACCCACCCCAAAAAUGGUCCACUAGUGAUUGGACCAUAGUGCACUGAGCAUGCUUUAGGCAUGAAAGUUGUGCUAAACAAACAAAAAAUAUAUUAAAAUAUUUCCAAUCACACAUAUUUAUUGUUGUUAGUCUAGAUCUGUUUAAAAUUAACUAGGUUGUACAUAAUAAUUGUGUCAGCAAUUGUCCUUUAGAAAUAUUUAUUUAGUUAUUUUCUACUACUGGCCUGCAGGUACUGAUUCUAUGUUUGUUAUAUAUAUAUUUAUAGUCAUCUUGAAACCAGUUUAGAUUUAGGUAAUGGCACUGCAAGGAUAUAUAUAUGUAAAGUAAAGCUGGAUACUGAUAUAAAUUAUAAUACAUAAUAGUAAAUUAUAGUAAGUAAAGGUACCCCUUUAAGAUCUUGUGAUCUAUGGUGAGGGUAAAUUUGUUUCUCUGGUUGACAGUUAAUCAGGGAGUGGCCAGCACAAUGAUCAACUUCCCCAAUGUAAGUCAGUUACCAUUAGAGUUGUGUGGACCUGGGGGUGUCCUUAAUAUCCUGAAUCAAAUCCCAGACUGGGAUUCAAACUUGAGAUUCCUUGGUUUGGGGGCCAACUGCUUUAUCACUGGGUCACCAUUCUGAAAAUAUGUAUUUCACUUUGGUACUGCUAGUACACAUUACAGCAUUUUAUCAUGUCCGUUGUGCCUCUUAUAAAAUAUUAUCAGUGUUCACAGUUAUUAGAGAUAUAUAUAACCAGGUACUCAAGGAAUAAGUUAACUGUUAAUGUAACUUAUCAAUCUAUUUUUAAUGCUUUGAGACUUGUAUAUAUUCAACUGACUAAGAGAUUAUGCUCUGAUAAUAAUCAAGUUUUAUUGAACCAUAUGCUAUCUUGUAUACAGAAUUGUAGAGAAUACAUUACCAAUUGCUGAUUCUGUGAUUUAAUAGAACUUGUAUGUUCAAUAUGAUGUCAAAGUAUUUUUUUAAAAUGUAAAUUAUGACAAAACCUAUUGCAUUGCGCUCUCUCUCUCUCUCUAAUGUUAUUUCAUUUAAACUUGAGUUUGUUGUUACACUGUUUAAAAAAAACCUACCUACUUACUACAUUUGUCUUUAAAUGCAGGCUAGCAUUGACAUUGAUGAUUAUUAAUAAAGAUAUUUUAAUUUCUAAGUUAGAAAUUAAUAUACUGUGAAUUGUUUUUCAAUAUUUUUAUAUUGGGGAUAACUUUCAAAUAAAUGACAAGCAUUACUAUACCCGUAUAUAGAAUCUAUGAUCUAACUUUUGUGUUUAUCUCAUUGUACGUGGAACUGAAAGUGCAAAUAACAGUACAAUGGUUUUAUAUUCACUGGUAUCAGUAUCAUAUUUCAAUAAGAUCAAGAUGCUGUUACUAACAAAAAUAACACUUUUGGUACCGGUAACAGUAAUUUAUUUUUAUUUUUUUUUGGUCAUUUGAAAACUAAUAAAUACUUUGAAAUAGAGGGUUGCACAAUAAUGAUUCCUACUAGUCUGCACACAGAUAUAGAUGGGUGGAAGGCAUUAUAAUGUGAUAAAUAAAAUGGUUCCAGUCAAAAUAAAGAAACAUUAAAGCAAUCACUCACUCAAACCAGUUGCAACAUCAUCAACUAGUAGGCCUACAUAUUACAUUACCAGUUCAAAUGAUUAUUAUUGGUACCAGAACAAUACAAAUUACACUGUGUAUUUGUAGUCUCAGAUUAUUGCUACUGGUAUCUUACAUACAAUAUAUGCAUGAGUUGGUUUUUGUUGUGACCCAUUUAAUCACAAAUGCUGGUAGCCAAUGCCACAUACUUUUAAUGGAAAAAAAAAUGUAACAAAUAAAGUACCAGUAUAGACUUUUUAGUACUGUACUGCUAAUUUAAAAAAAAAAAAAAAAAAACUUAAUACAUGUAUGAUUUGUAUAAUAAAGUAAAUUUUGUUCAUUUAAAAAUUCAGGUCUGGCAGACAUCAGUAUCACUUAACUCAAGCAUUAGCAUUAAAUAGUUAUGACAGAGUAGAAAACAAAAAAAUACUGACUUUGGUAACUGGAGCCAUAGGUGUGGGACAAAACAGAUUCAAAAGACAGAUAAAUAAUCUUUAAAGAUGCUUCAGUACAUAAUAAAGUUUAAGUCAAUAAUAACCCUGUUUUAUUUCUAUGCUACUAAGCUAAUAGAAUAGUUUAUUUACCACUAUGUAUGAAUUCUUCAUUACAUUAAUGUUUUGGAAUCUUAGAUGAUUUGGUACAUUGGCAUAUUCACUUAUUUUCUGCAGUAUUGUGCAUAAAAUAUUUAAAAAAUCAGCACAACAGUUUGAGUACCGGUAUCAAAACAGUGAUAUUUACAAUUCACAAUUACAAAAAAAAUAUAAAAAAUAAAUACAAGUUAAAUAGGUUGUGGAAUAAAAAUAUUUAUCACAACUGCAUGUAUACAAUCAUCAUGAUCUAAUGCUGCACAUAUACAUUAAAACAAAUACUUUCAAUAUUUUCAUUUUUAGCAAGGGAAUGUAUUGUUUACUGGAAAGAAAUUCGGCGUAAUAUGUUGAAAGAAUACUUAAAAAAAUGAAAUAAGCAUUUUUGAUUUUGUAACUUGAAAUAACUUUUAGGAACAUAUGUGAGAAACAAAAUGUGUUUGACAAUUCAAAUAUUUCCCAUAAAACUAACACUAAUUCUGUGUAAUUUAUAAAUAUAGGUACACAACAUAUGUCAUAGUCUAGACAUUGUAUCACCAUUUAAUCCUGAUCACAUAACAAGGCAUGAGAAAGCAAACAAUGAAAUAAAGAGAGAUAUAGAACUAGCAUAAAUUAUUCAAAAAAUAGAUUAUUUUUUUUUACACUAUAGAAACAAAGAGGAAACAAAUCUGUUAAGAAUAAAAUAGUACAUGAAAAAAAAAGUGAAAAUGUUUCUUUGUUUCUAUAAAAAUCUUUAUAAAGUCAAGCAUACUGGUAUGACUAAAACUUUAAGGUGCAUAGGGCAUGCUUUUUUUUUUUUAUAUACUUUUGAACUCGGCAGCAUUUCUUAAUAUUGUGAUAUUUGCAUGUCUUAUAGGCAGACAAGCUCAAAUAUAAUUAUCUAACAAAAUCUAUCAAAAGUCUUUAACUUCUAUAUAAGCAACUAUUAAAUUAUAAUCUGGUUGAAAAUUGUUACAUUUUUCCA